GGAGCUGUCGGUGAUCCCGGAAGUGCUGGAUUCACCAUAAACAAACAUGGCGUCGCCGGGCUUGGAGCUGCUCUAUGUUCUGGCGUCUCCGGAGAUCAGCCAGCCUCAGGACCCCCUGGUCUGCUUCAUCCACUGGGAACUGAUCAGCCAAGGCCUCCGCUGUCUGGGGAAAGGAGAGAAGGCCGGAGCCAAUGAGAAAGAAUCGGAGCGACUUCCAGAUGGCUGGGCCAGCAACAAAGAGCUGUACACCCUGCGCUACGGGAACGACAAGUCAAAGAUCCUACUCAAAGUCCUGAGAGUGGAUGACACUCUGAUAGUCAAUGCUAUGAACACGCAGACAGAAAAGGUCAGCAAUCUGACGCUGAAUGUGGGCGACUUCAUAGACCCCGCCAACCUGAAAGACUUUCACAAGGUGUUUAAGAAAAAAACAGUUUUAAAACGACAGUUGCAGACUGAACUUCUGUCCCCAGUGCUCGGCUCCAAGGAAACAAGUGGGAAACUUGAGAGAGAACGGGAGAGACCCCCAGAUUAUGUUCCCCACAGUGUGCCACCUGGUGGCCCCGCGCCGCACUACACUCCACGGGAGAAUCCCAGCGGGAGCGCUCCUUAUGGUGCUGCAGACUUGGAUCCCUUGGGGGGGCAUGGAGGUAUGAUCUUUGAUCCUUUUGGACCCGGUUCCAGACCCAGACCUGACCCCACAAUUGGCCUCCCUCCAGGAGCGGUGCCACCUAAUGCUCGGUUUGACCCAUUUGGUCCUCCGGGUUCUAGACGCCCUGGGCCUGACCCCGACCAUCUCCCACCUCCGGGUUAUGAUGACAUGUUCAUGUGAUGACGUCCAACUCCUCAUAUUGCCUUUUUAAUCCCUCUUCUUUUGCUUUGCACUAUUUGCUUUGUUUAGAUGAAUCAAUGUCCAGCAUGGUAUUUAUAAGGAUUAUAAAGCACCAUUUGGUGUUUAGGUGCAUUAAGACUGGAUUUAUGUUACAAGUGUAGGUAAAGGUGUUGAAGAACAAUUGCCUGUUCAGGGCAAAGUUGGUCUGGCAUGAUAGAUGAUCGCUAAUGUUUCUUCUAACAAGCUAGGUUCAUUCGAUCCAAACUUCAACGUUUUGAUCUGGUUUAGGGCUGGGUUUACACUGGAGCAUGCAGGGGCUCACAGCAGGAGUCCGGGGCGUCUCCAUUUACAAUUUCAGCCCAAAUUUUGGACUGAAUUUGCACCUGAAACGGACCAAACAACGCACAGGAGUCCCGUGCAAUUUGCACAGGAGCAACUGCAAAGAUGUGUUUUCUCUUUUGUUCAUAGACGGACACAGCCUUCAUUGACCUUAGGGUUAUGCUUCUUCCUACUAGGAGAUU